CUUCUUCGAAACCCUCUAUUGCAUUUCCCGUGCACAAAUACUGACAAGCUCUUCGCAAAGGAUAUCCUAUCAUCCUUGUCUGGUUCUCUGGCCUAUGUCUGAAACUCUAGCCAUCCCUUUUGAUGUAACGGCAGUCACGCAAGAUGAGCUGGUCUCUCUGGGUCUGAAGGGAAGCUACAUAUCGCACCGUAACUCAAUCCCGGAGGCAGUGUUAGUCAUUGAGAAGGAAGAGGUGCACCGGGUGCCCGUGUCUGCAUUCUAUGCGAAAGCAUUUCAUGCAUUCAGCUACAAAUUUGAACUCCUCAAAUUCACCAUCGCCAAGCUUCUGAAAGCCCGACACGAAGGAAUGCUGAUUACUGUCAGGUUGAUUCAGACCUUUCUCUACAUGGACAGAUUGCGCGAUAGGUUCUUCGAGGAAAUGCUGAACUCAGGCUCCGGCCGGUCGCCUGCAUUUGACUACUACCUGUGGUUGGAUUGGCUGUGCAAAAUCAAUCCCUGGUCGAAAUGGUGCUCUAGCGAACACGACGAUGGCAUCAGAAGGAAGGCUGAGCAGCAAUACGGUGUCACGUCUGAGUCCGUCUCAUCUGGAGUGAAGAAUAUCGAGGACAUAGUCGACUGGAAGGUGUAUCAAGAAUCCCGGAUUGAGCCCGUUGACAGCUGUGGAUUUGGGUAUCGGUUGAAGCCCAUUGGAAGGGCGAUCCCGGAGGCCAGCGAGUGGUCCAAGGCCAUCAUAGCAGCCAUCAUCCCACCUAUCAUUCAAGAUGCCGAUGUCUCCAUGGAGCUUGAGCCGGGUGAAAUACGCGAGACAGAUAUGGGCAGCGAUACCAAUCAAGGAGUGACAUCCCGAUUUCCGAGUGCGGCCGUACCGAUGACAGCAGAGGUCCCCAGGAGUGAGACAUACAACGCGAUGCUGAAGGGAGACGAACUCUUUAGAUUAGCAGAGGUGGCUCGUUCGAAGUACAAGAUUCCUCGGGCUACUCUCCACAUCCACAGUGACAUGGAUGCUGGGGCAGGGCAACCAGCCCAGCCGCCCAACGAGAAGAAGCGUGGCUCCGAUAAUACCUCAACUCGCAAAAGCACCAAACGUCGUAGGAGACGACGCUGUGUAGACAAACGGGAGGUUUUAUAUCCUGAAAAUAAGCCGGAAUAGUUAUCAGAUUGGUUUCAUGUUCCUGUGCUCGGACCAGUCGCUCUGGCGGAGCUAACGUUGACAUCGGAGGGCGAAAUCGUUGACAUAUGUCACGUACGCGACGUCAAACCUCAUAUGAGGGAGAGCUCCGCCAGGAGCGGCUGGGCACACUUGUCGGCUGUUCGCAGGGGCAACGCGAUCUCAACGUUUGGACUUAGUCAAAUUUCGAUGCCUGAAAUACAAAAUCAUCCAUAGCUCCCUCCCUUGUCCUCGUAUCGUAACAAAACUAUGCAUACCA